AAGCUCAGUUGGGCCUCCAUCUAGCUAACUAUAAAGCAUUUUUUUCUACUCUGCUGUGGCUUGAGGAAAUCCAUGAAGAGAUGGAAAUGAAGGAUUUUGCCUUGAGUGGAGUCUCUUUGAAAAGGAAUGGGAACUUCCUGGUUCUUGAUGUGCCUGGGGUCACAGAGGGUCGCCCUCCUUUAAUCACAGGUGACAAAGUGAUAUUGAAGACCAGUGAUUACUUGGAGCAAGUAUGUUAUAUUGCAUGUGUCGUUGAGAUUCAUGAAGACGAAGUUACUCUAAACCUUAACCAAGAGUUUGAGCAGGCUUAUAAUGGUGAACCCAUGGAUGUGGAGUUUGCUGUUAGUAGGACUACUUUCAGGAGGUGCCAUUUUUCAGUGGAACAAGCCAUCCAUCUGCACGAAAAGGUUUUAUUUCCAGACAGUCUUGCAGUGCAAUCUCCUCAAGUUGUCAAGCAGUGGAGUGAUUCAGAGUUUACUGACAGUGCUGAAAAACAGAGUGUCGCACAAGAAGUUGAGCCUAAGAAGGAAGUAAACGAUAACAAACAAAAGUUUCUAAAGAAGGACAAGGUAGCAUUUGUGACUAGCAUGGCUACUGUUGCCACACAGACAAUGAAUGGCACUGCGAAUUCUCAGCUAGGAAACAGUGACUUCUUCAAUCCUUUUCUGAAUGAACAUCAGAAAAUAGCAGUGAAAAGAAUACUUAGUGGUGAAUGUCGCCCCAUGCCUUAUAUUAUUUUUGGGCCUCCUGGAACUGGCAAAACUGUAACAGUAAUUGAAGCAGUUUUACAGGUGCAUUACAAUGUACCAUACAGCCGAAUCCUAGUUUGUGCACCAUCAAACAGUGCGACAGAUCUGAUUUGUUUACGACUUCAUGAUAGCAACUUGUUAAAGCCCGGAACUAUGGUCAGAGUGAAUGCAUCCAGCAGAAAUGAACAGUAUCUGAAUGAUGUAAUAAAGCUUUACUGCAAAGACGGAGAAGACAUUUGGCAAGCAUCUCGGUUUAGGGUAAUUGUUGUCACAUGCAGUAGUGCUGGAAUGUUCUGCCAAAUAGGAAUAAGGAUUGGACACUUCACACAUGUAUUUUUGGAUGAAGCAGGCCAGGCAAGCGAACCUGAAUGCCUAAUCCCAUUGAGCUUGAUUUCUGAAGUCAGCGGGCAGAUUGUACUUUCAGGUGAUCCAAUGCAGCUAGGUCCAGUAAUAAAAUCUAAGCUUGCUGCAGUUUAUGGAUUAAAUGUUUCCCUGCUGGAGAGACUGAUGUCUCGGCCUUUGUAUUGGAGAGAUGAGAAUGCUUUUGGUGCUUGUGGGUCAUAUAAUCCUCUGUUGGUUACCAAGCUUGUGAAGAAUUACAGAUCUCAUGCUGCACUGAUUUCAUUGCCAUCCAAGCUCUUUUACCACAAGGAGCUAGAAGUCUGUGCCGAUCCAUCAGUGAUAAACUCUUUGUUGGGAUGGGUGAAGUUGCCAAGGAAAGGUUUUCCACUCAUUUUUCAUGGAGUGAGGGGAAAUGAAAUGCGCGAAGGUCACAAUCCCUCUUGGUUCAAUCCUACAGAAGCAGUUCAAAUAAUACGUUAUUGUUGCCUUCUUGCUAAAAGGAUUAGCUACACAGUGUCAGAAGCAGACAUAGGAGUAAUUACGCCUUAUCGUAAGCAGGUGGAAAAAAUUAGACUUCUCUUGCACAGUGUGGAUCUGAAAGACAUCAAAGUUGGAUCUGUAGAGGAGUUUCAAGGGCAGGAAUUCCUAGUGAUCCUCAUAUCAACAGUCCGGUCAAAUGAAAGCUCAUUUAAUGAGGAGAGGCAUUUUUUGGGCUUCCUUAGUAAUUCAAAGCGCUUUAAUGUGGCAAUUACCAGAUCCAAGGCACUGCUGGUUAUCGUGGGAAAUCCUCAUGUGCUUGUUAAAGAUCCUUGCUUUAGUGCUCUCUUGGACUACAGUUUGUCCAAUGGUGUUUACGUUGGCUGUGACUUACCACAAGAGCUGCGAAGUCUAGAACAGUGAAUAUAUUUCAACGUUGCUGGACAAGUUAGAAGUGAGACUAAAUAAAUCAGCAGUUGCUCCUCUUCCAUAAAUCCAUUUUUAAAGGGCAUGAUGGGGGAAUAAUGUUUACUUGUGUCACUGUAUUUAAAAAUGUACAUAUUGUUAAGAACUGCACACUUCACAUGGUCUUAUAUAGCCAGUGCCACUAAGUACUGCUAGGAUAUUGCCAUAAAAAUGUGAAAUAGCAAAGCCUUGUGGUCCAAAAUUGGAGCUAUGGGGGAAGUAUUGGAAUUACUAAUAUAUACAAUAAAUUAUUAAACUGAGCAUUGACACACAUACAGUAUGACUUGUGUUAGUACAGAACUGUUCAACUGACUUGUACUCAAAAGACUCCUGGGUAUUAUGCUAUAUAUGUGUAUGUGUACGCACACAUGCCCUAUGUUUAUGGAGUGUUUAGUAUUAAGAUGGCUAUGUGUACUCUUCAUUGUUUGCUUCAUUGUCUGUUCAAAGGUAUUACUAGCUCUCUUUUUUCUAAAGAACUGUAGGACUGUUGAGUAAAUCAUCCUGAUCCUUGCUUUGCUGCCAAAGGUUUGAGUUAAAAUAUAAAGGUGGUAUUUCACUGACAAAUUACAUCUUUUCCCUAAGUUCAUAAUUGUAUUUUAUGGUGUAAAAAUUAUAUAUGAUUAAAGAUUUCUGCAUGUUGUCAUGUA